AGACGGGCGGUGGGGACUCGGCGCUGCUCAACGCCGCCAUUUUGAACUGCGAGAAAGUGAGUGGAAAAUAAUAGAGGGAAACGCAGGCUGGUGCUGAGGACAGGAGGGGGAGACAGAGACGCAGGAGCGCACGACUGCUCUGGCAGCGGCAACACCACUACUAUUGGCUGCUGCUGAUUGGUCCAUGGACAGGCCUGUAGCAGCUGUCGUCAUCCGGUCAGACGUGGUGUGCGUGUGUGUGUGUGUGUGUGUGUAUGCUGCUCUCUCUCUCUCUGCUGGACCGCAGUCUGCAUCUGUUUGGCUUCUCCAGACAGAUGGAUGUGGAUCCGGUGCUGAGAUGAUGAGAUAAGCCUCCUUCGUCUCUCUCAUCUCCGCCGAGCUGCUGCACCGUCGCGCACACACAUAAACACGCGCAGGGAACGACGUGGUCACGCUGUGGUGGGAAACCACUGGAAUAUACUGGGCUCUGUUCUUCAAUCAAGCGCCUCGUCAGUGACGAUGAUGUCGAUGGUCCCGACGCCUCUCUCCAGAGGUGAUGUGAGCUGAAGCUGCUCGCUGAGCUCCGGGAGGAGUGGAGAAGGAGGCGGAGUGGUGGUGGUGGUGGUGGAGGAGGAGGAGGAGGGGGGGAGCCGCAGAGGAGCUGUCCGUCUUCUGAGGUGCUGAUGCGGCUGUGACAAGCGAGCAUGGCUGCCGGGAAGUUGCUGCUCUACGCCGGGCUCUCGCUUUCUCUCUGCGCCCUGGCCAUGCUGGCCGUGGCGAUGUGCUCCGACCACUGGUACGAGACCGACGCCCGGAGGUACAAGGAGCGGUGCCGAAGCUUUUCCAGCCGCCGCAAGGACCCGGGAUUCAUCUACAUCCCCAACAACAGCCUGCCGCUGCGGGCCAGCCGGAGCAGCGCGCCCCGCUGGGAAGAGAAGCUGCUCCUGGCCCGGAACCGGCGGCAGCUGUUUGCCAUGAGCGCCGCGGACGAGUGCAGCAGACAGUACAACUCUACUAACAUGGGGCUGUGGAGGAAGUGCCACCGACUUGGCUUCGACCAGGAAAUCGAAGAUCGCAUCCGGAAAGGUAAGACUCAGAGACCCAGAGGAUUGCAGACACAUGACAUUAUAUGUCGUUUAUCACGAGAAGGGGGGGGAAAACAAAUCAAUUCAAGGCUGCUCUGCAUGAUUAUUCAUUUGCCCAAAGGGCGAACAAGGGCAUCGAGCUGUGUUGCUCUCAUGUCAGAAGACACACAUUCAUCCAUAUGUGCAUGGGUAUGGACAGCCUGUGGCUGUAGACAGCUUGUUAUCGUGCUGUUUUGCAAAAUAUAGGACACUGAAUAGCAGCAUAGGCUUGGUGUGUGUCUCUGAGGCUGUCAGACAGAGGAAGCGUCCGCUCAGCUUUCAAAUCUGUAUGUGUGCAGACCUGACAUGUGUGGCUAGAUUCACCUAGAGAGUGACAGUG